GAGAAGAAGAGACAUCGUAAGAGUCAAAGGGUUCAACAACAAAGCUCUUAACAUGAAGACAUUCUGUGUUGCAGCUGCAGUGGCCGUCGUGCUCACAUUUAUUUGUAUUCAGGAGAGCUCUGCUGUCCCAGGACCUGAAGUGCAGGAGCUGGAGGAGCCAAUGAGCAAUGAAAGCCCAGUUACUGAACAUGAAGAGACAUCAGAGGACUCAUGGAAGAUGCCGUACAACAUCAGAGUGAAGCGCAACAGUAAAUGUAGAGUUUGCUGCAACUGCUGCUCCUUCCACAAUGCCUGCGGAUUGUGCUGCGAAUUUUGAUUCCCGCACCAACAGCAACAACAAAAUAGUCAUUUGAUCUAAUUUUUCCUAAAUCAAAAUCAAUUGUAUUAACUGGAUGUAAAAUGUUGAUGAUGACUGGGUUUUGUCAUGCUGUAGUUUAUAGAUGCUUGUGAUCAUCCAUAUAGUUUGUCAAAUGUCUGCAUAAACUAAAGUGUGUGGAUAAUAAAUAUUUACAACGCUACAAAAA